CACUCGCGUGCGCGCGUCGAACGGUUUCUGGCUUUAUUUGUGGGAAAAGUGUGUGUCUGACGGCGAAACGGUAAACGGGGAAAACGCUGCGCGGUUUUUGCUGCUAUCGAGUUCUUCUUUUGCUGGAUUUUAUAUAUGGAAACGAUUGUUGCUGCUGUAUCAUUGCAGCUUGCAGCUUUAAAUUUAACUUAAAUGCUAAAACAUCGUUUUGAAAAGCAACGCGAGAGUUAGACAAACAAGUUGGAGGAAAUUUUCCAGCUACAGCUACAGCUGCUGCCUCAGCCAGCGUCGCAGUCGCUGUUCGAGAUAAAGGAUAUGCCCGGAUCUAAAAGAUACAGUUUUUCCUCUUGUUUCUUUUUCCGCUGCUGCUGCUCGUGCUACAUUUGCUGCUUGGCAUUUUCCGCACAGCAACAACAAUCGUUGAGACAGGACCGCAAGUUUUGCUAAAAUGUAACAUAACACCAAAUAAGCAGAGUUAGGAAGAGUGAGCGCCAAAUAAUGCAAAUAAAUGAAUAAGCCCAAAUCAUUAACAAAUUAAAACGAGGCACGCAAAGGAGGGCAGGAAAAUAUAAAUAUCGAAAGGAGUCAAGUCAAGUGCUUUCGAGGAGCUGUUUGCUGACAUGCUUUGAGGUUAAUACCACCCACCACCACCCAACCGCCCACUACCACCCAUCUCAACCAUCAGCCAUCACCAACUCCUCCUACCUCCCUCAUCUCCGUUUUGGCCAAUUUCUCCGUCUGCUUUCGCCGCUUUCUUCGUCAACGCCGCUGCUGCCGCCGCCGCCGCCGCUGCUGCCGUCACCAUCAAAAGGCAUCGAAGCAGCAGCCACUGAAAAGGUUGAGAGCCCAUAAAAAAGCACAAAGAAAUUGAAUACUCACAGCGAAUUUUAGGCAUAAUGAGUUCGCUGUCGCGUCCCUAAAAACCGAGCACCUCAAAUGCAAAUUGAUAUUAAGCCGCCAAUCAUAAUCAGCACCGAUAUUAAUUAAAAACCCGCUAACAGUCAACAAUAAUCAAGCAACCGCCAUGGCCUCACCACCGGAGAGUCCCAUCGAGGAGGUGGUCUAUGAGUUGGAACACACACGAGUGCCUAAGCCCAUUCCCGUUGCCCUCGAGGAUCUGUGCCGGCAGACCAAGUUCACCAAACAGGAAAUCCGCGUCAUGUACAGAGGAUUCAAAACGGAAUGCCCCGAGGGCGUGGUACACGAGGAUUGUUUUAAGGAUAUCUACGCCAAAUUCUUUCCACAUGGCAAUUCAAGUUUAUACGCUCAUUAUGUGUUCAAAGCGUUCGAUGUUAAUUGCAAUGGCGCCAUUAGUUUUCGGGAUUUACUGGUCACCUUGUCGACCUUGCUGAGAGGUUCUGUAUAUGAGCGUCUGCGUUGGACCUUCAAGUUGUACGAUCUGAACGGCGACGGAAGGAUCAGUCGCGGCGAACUGAGUGAAAUUAUUUUGGCCAUUCACGAGCUUAUGGGUCGGAGACCACAUCAACCUGAGGACGAUCGCAAGGCGAGGGAUCAGGUUGAUCGUGUGUUUCGCAAACUGGACUUGAACCAAGAUGGCAUUAUAACGAUAGAGGAGUUUUUGGAGGCCUGCCUGAAGGACGACUUGGUAACUCGAUCGCUGCAAAUGUUCGACAACGACCUUUGAUGACAAGAGGGGGAGCUAGAGCCAGGGCUACGCAAUUCCAGGACUAUAAUAUCUCUUAUAGAUCUAUAAGUGCAAUAAGCAACUCUAAGGAAGUGACAACCCUAAAAAAAAUUACAAAAAUAUUACAAAAAAAAAAGGAGGGGGGAGAACCCCAAGCAAGCUUGAAAAACACCAGUGAAAUUGAUGGAAAACGAGGAAAUGAAACAUAUUAGUAAUUAAAAUUAGUUUAGGCAAAUAUCGAAGGAAGAAAUCUUUAAACUUUAUGAGUGUGUUAUUAUAUAACUAACGAAGAGGUCGACUAAGAUUGAAUAUAAAGAAUAUGUAAUUUUUUGAGCAUAUUAUGAAUUUAAUCCUGCCGUGAAAAGCGAAUUGGUCUUAUAUAUAUGUAUUUACUAUAUAAAUAUGUACAUGUAUGAUAUGAUAUAUGUGUAAAUGAAAUUGAUUUCGACAACAGAACUAAACUAAACCACCAAACCAAAUGUUUGAUUCAGGAAUGGAAUUGGUAUACCGACAACAAGAGAAACCGAGCUCUCAACACGAUUUACUUUACUACAAUUACGCAUAACAAAUAAUAGAAUACUAAAGUAUAAAUUUACACUUAGCUAAAUGAAAAGUUACCAAACAAAGGGUAUUUCCUUAGUUCACCUUGAUAGUCAUAUUUUCGAUUUAAUUGUUUUAAAAGAUCCUAACUGUUUAAUCCUUUUUUGCUUUGCUGUCCAAUACGCGAAUUGCAGUAUAAAUUAAAUUAAUUCAGAUUGUGGAUAGUUCUAUUAGCCCCAUAUGUUUUAAUGUGUGUGUUAUUGUUUUGCAUCAACUAAUUGAAUUUACAAUUUGUCUCAAUAAAGCUAUCGCCCAGCCAUAUUGGUUUAAAACGGCAAAAAAAAAAUAGAUACUACAUAAACAGAUGAAUAAAUAAAGCCUGGGUUUUGUGUGCCCGACCAACCACCGAUAUAUAAAUAGCACUUGACAAUUACGCUUGAUUUAAUAUUUAUACAAGGUCGUGUUGAUUUUUUAAUGAUAAAUGCAAUUCUCGACAUGACUCUUCAAUUAAAUUACAUUUUUAUUAAAUUACACUUGCCAAAACAUAUUUACACACAAGCACGCGACGCUUUGCCCGGUUUUUCGUGGUGUCCCCAUAUUUUGUACACUCAUUUCAUCAUUUCCCAAAAAACUUCAAAAGGAAUGUCCUUGGGAAUGUAGAAAACUUGUGCAGCGAAAUGAAAAUGUAAUAAUAAAAUAAUAAUGAAAAGCGAACGUUUUUAUAAAUACAUUGAAUGCUUAAUUGUGCAUGAACAAGACAAGACAAUCAAUGUGGUUUGAUAUUUCCUAUUUCCGCUUUUAGUUCUACACAUUGUUCUUCCAUUGUUGCUUUAAACAAAAACAUUUUUCUGUAUAAAAAGCCUUAAGCGAAGGACACUAGGAAAUGAAAUGAAAAUCAGGAAUCAGUGGUUUAAUGACGUCACAAGCUUUUAAUUUAAAUACUCAACUUAUCAGGUGUCGUUUGAAAUGUGUUAACUGUGUUUUAGACGAGAAAUAUCUAAAUGUUGGUCUUUGAAAACUAUGCCAACCGUAAUUAUUACACGUAGGGGCUUUAUAAAGAUUCAACCAUAAUUUAAUUUAGGUUGAAUCGGAGCUUCAGCAAGCCUACAACUUGGUUAAGCAUAAAAAUAUUUUACAUUCUUAAGCAUACUAACCAGGCAAGGAUUCUUCCACCAUUUUUCAGACAGGGUUCAAAUAUAAAACGAAACGAUCAGUUAAAGAUACUCCCAUCAAAACGGCAAAGCCAUUUAAAGCGAUUCCAUCAUCAAAUAAUCUUAGCAUUAGUAAAUGUGUUGAACAAGAACAUUUUGUUGAAUAUAAAAGUAUUCUUGUCUAAACAAAUACCUAUGCGACCUACUCGUUAAACCACCCACGAUUUCUAACUCUUAAGAAACGAUCUAUGCAAUAUGAGCGUACACUGUCCAAAAAUAAAAAAAAAAAUUACAAAAAAGCAACAAAUUGAUAUUAAUCUAUCAUUCGAAUUGAGGAAAGCUAUGUGUCUAACUAGUCAACAUAAUAAAUAAUGAAAUUGAAACGCUUAUACUAAUGUUAAAAACUUUAAUAUUAAACUAAAGAAUAUUUAUUUAACCAGUCGAAUUGGAAGAUAAUGUUUAGAAAUCGGUUUUAGCUGCUAAAUGUCCGAAAAGAUAACUAUCUAGAUUAUCCAAAAGCUAUGUCGAAAUCGACGUUUAAUUUGUACUAGCUAGAUGGUAUCAGUUUCCGAUUCUAGAACAUAAUAGGUGUAACUAAAGUGGUGUAACUUAUUUUUAAAACAACGUUUAAUUCGUAUUUCGUUAAAAAUAAAUUUAAUCCAAAUGUACCUAUAGUAAAUGUAAAUUACGAUAAUAAUUUUUUAGCCAAGAUUCCAUAGAACAUGAUGGAAUCUUAAACCUUUUGUUAACAAUAUAAAUGGUUUGCGCUAUCCCAAUAAUAAUAACAAAUAACAACAAAUUAAUUAACAAAGAAAACGUGGUUAGUGAUUUGGAUUGUUUAUAAGUAAAUUAUAGUAAGCUCUUUAAGCGAUUACUUAUAUAAAACACCUACAAUAAUUAAUCUAUAAAAUGACUACAAAACCAUUUGCGAAAAAUUCAUUAUUUUAUUAUUAUUCACCAAAGAUGCUGAUAUUGCCCUUAACUAUUUAUUAUUCUUAAAGUAAAGCUAUUUGUUGUAAACAUUUCAAAUUAACAUUAAUGGAUAGCUUUUCUUAAAAGAACCUAAAAAUGUGUUUUUAUCUAAAACCACUAAAAUGUACCUAUAGUUAAGUAUUGUCUACUUAGAAAAUACAUAAUGGAAUUUAAUUUUGGUAAAUCACAUUACGGCUUAAGUUCUCGAAUAUUUUAUUUAAAAUUGUGUUGUACUUCAGUUUUAGUCUGAUAAUAAGACAUACAAUUUAAUAAAACAACAAACCAGUUUUCAUGCCACUUAAAAUGAAAACCAAGAAAACACAUUUAAAAACAAGCCCAAC